AUGGUCGCCGUAUCUGUUGUUUUGAUUUUCUGCGUUAUCUCAUUUGCUGAAUGUUACUGGAAACCAACUCCACUCACAAAUUGGACAUGGCAAAUAAUGGGAACGUUGGAUACAAGUAAAAAUGUGGUCAUGUAUGAUAUUGAUCUAUGGGAUACACCGAACAAUACAAUUACUGCUCUGAAAAAUGCAGGAAAAAAAGUUAUCUGCUAUUUCAGUGCUGGAAGCUACGAAGAUUGGCGUCAAGACAAAAGUCGUUUUCCUGCUUCUGUGAAAGGAGAUCCACUCGAUGGCUGGAAUGGUGAGUCAUGGUUAGAUAUUCGCCGUUUGGACAUUCUUGGGCCUAUCAUGGCUGCUCGCUUAGAUUUAGCCAAAGCAAAACGAUGCGAUGGUGUCGAACCGGAUAAUGUUGAUGUUUACACGCAAAUCAAUGGAGGAGGGUUUAGAGUCACGUAUCAAGAUCAAAUAAUUUAUAAUACUUGGCUAGCUCGAGAAGCUCAUGCUCGAGAUCUUUCAGUUGGCUUAAAAAAUGAUCUCGAUCAAGUUCCAGAUCUUGUAUCACAUUUCGAUUGGGCAAUCAAUGAGCAAUGUUUUGUUUAUAACGAAUGUGAUACACUUCAACCAUUUAUUAGAGCCAACAAAGCUGUUUUCAAUUGUGAAUAUGCUACUCAUCGAAAUUGCCUGAAAGCUGUGCAAAGCAAAAUGAGCUCAAUUCAAGCAACGCUUGCACUCGAUGGAAAGAACAUGAAAAUGUGUAAUGCUCAAGGCCAAUUGGUGCCAUUUUAA